AAACUAUCACAACAUAGAACUCCUGGUCUCAGGUCGGACUGAUCUCCUCCAGAACCUGAAUCAAUCCCGGACCAGCCAUGGACAAAGUUGUUCUCCUGCUGUCAGUUGUGUUCCUCGGCGUCUCACCUCAGCCAAUCACAGACGGCCAGCGUAUGUUCUCCAUCGCAGUCAGCAGGGUGCAGCACCUCCACCUGCUCGCCCAGAGACUCUUCACCGACUUUGAGAGCUCUCUGCAGACUGAGGAGCAGCGUCAACUCAACAAGAUCUUUCUGCAUGAUUUCUGCAACUCUGACUACAUCAUCAGCCCCAUCGACAAGCAUGAGACGCAACGCAGUUCUGUCCUGAAGCUGCUGUCUAUCUCCUACCGACUGGUCGAGUCCUGGGAGUUUCCCAGUCGUUAUCUGUCCGGAGGCUCGGCUCCGAGGAACCAGAUUUCAAUGAAACUGUCUGAGCUGAAGACGGGAAUCCUGCUGCUGCUCAGGGCCAAUCAGGAUGCGGCCGAAAUCUUCCCUGAUGGCUCUGCCCUCCAGCUGGCUCCGUACGGGAACUACUAUCAGAGUCUGGGAGGAGAAGAGUCGCUGAGACGAACCUAUGAGCUGCUGGCGUGCUUCAAGAAGGACAUGCACAAGGUGGAGACCUACCUGACGGUGGCUAAAUGUCGGCUCUCUCCGGAAGCAAACUGCACUCUGUAGUCCUGACCCCUUUAUGAUACAGUUAUGUGUGUUAUCUUUCAAUUAUUAGCAUUAGCAUAGCCCUGGUCUGUGGUUUGUGGGUGGUUUUCUAAUGUCACUAGAAACGAUUGAUCUCAUACUGUCUUAAAUGUGAAAUAAAGUGUGUUGCAUAGA